UAUCAUGAUUUUUUCACAACAAAAAGUUAAAACGAAUCACGUUCGAAGUUGCGAUUUCAAGGCCUAAUUUUUACAUCCUUGUCUUAUCAUUUGGCCAGACCUGUUUAAGUGGUAUCGCCAUAGGCCUAGUUGCCAUUUCCUGCAAAAAGAUUUUGCGAUGGCAGAAGCUCUUCCUGCUGGGUCUUUAAUAAAGCUUGGUGAUUCUGACUAUCCCACAGAAGAAAGCAGUGGUACGCUUAGCAGCAGUGAAGACAUAUUAAUUGGAAUAUGUGUGACAAGUGAAACAAUAGCACAACAACCAUGCAGCAACGUGGAGACAAUGCUUGGAUUUAUUUUGGCCAAUAUAUCAACCACUGCACAAUCAUUGAGGGGUCUUAUGGAAAUCCAGUUAGACACUCUUCCACAUUCUUUCAAAUUCCUCACAAAACAAGGGUGGCCUGUUGCACCUAUCCAAGAAGCCUUAAUUAAGAUUCAGCAUCUAAUAAAUGAAGAUGGUGUGAUUAAAAUUCAGCCAGGAUUUGACCGCCCUCGAGUUGGAAUUAUUUCUAAGGAUGGGACAGCCUUAGGGUUUGUGUUCGUCGCUAGCCUCACAUUAUCGGUUCAUCAACUACGACAAGCUGUAACAUCUCAGCUUGGUGGCAGGACUAACACAGACAUCAUCUUCUUGGACCGCAAUCGCUGGCCAAUCUGUCCAUCGCAGGAGUCGUCGCUAUGUAUUCUGGACAUCCUGUCAGGUGUCAGUGUCUAUGUACUCGGUGCUACAGUCAAAAAAAGAGAUGACCCUCAAAGGCUGGAAGUUGAAUUAGACUCCUCAGGGUCCCCACCACAGAAGUUGCAUAAACCGACACCAUCUUAUCAAAGCACAAAUUCUCUGGCACCUGUCAACCAUUCUCAUUCGGGCAGCACCUUCCACCGAUCACGACCCGCCUCUCCGCUACAAUUUGAUCAGGAACAGCUUGCGAAAGAUGUUGUUAUCAGUUAUGUAAGAGCUGAGGCAACACAAUACGCUCUUGACUUGAAGGAGGGUUUGGAAGAUGAUGGAUUCAGUGUGUACUUGGACGUGCAUGAGAUUCGAUGUGGCACAGACUGGCAAGAUAGCUUAAACUUUGCUGUCAGCAACUGUGAAGUAUUUGUCCCCCUUGUUACACCAGCCUACGGACAAACACAGUGGACAAAUCGAGAGAUCAAAUUGGCAGAUGUACUUGGCAAGUUUAUUGUCCCGGUGAAUUUCCUGGACGCAUGGCCGCCUGGGUGCCUGGCCAUUCAAUUUGCAACCACACAGUUCAUAGCUUGGAAGAGGCCAGAUAAUUCAAAUGUUAAAUCAAAAAAACCUCUCACAGACAAUGGUACUUUUGGAAAUUUUGGGAAACACUCAUCAGGUAUGAGGACAACUAAAUUGCUGAUGUCUUCUUUUCAUGGGAAGGUUAUUCCAGGCCUUUGUCUGACAGAUGGAGGAGAGAAGAGCUUUUCCUGGGACAUGGAGGACAUCCAGUAUGUUUCUGCACAAGUUGCAGAGCGGUUCAAGGAUCUGAGAGACUCGCAGGCCGAAAAUGGAUUAACAAGGAGGGUUACUAUGCUCAAGAGCUAUGGAUCGAUCCUACCAGGUGGUGUUGCUAAGAGCUCAUUAUUUGUUACCAUGGAGAGUAGGGAAGGAAAACCGCUGGUUGUGAUUGGUGUUCAUCCAAAUCAGGCUGAUUUUUGUGACAUUUUGGAGGUGUGGUGCACAACAGAACUGAUGAACCUUGACUACAGUGUUCCAGCAUCACAGGGGCUGUUGCAGUCGUCAGGUUCAACUCUACCUGUAAUAUACACACAAGACAUGACCAGUAAUGACCCAAAGGUGUUAUUUCAACAGAAAGUAGACGAGGCAGGCGUUGUUUUGUUUGUCUUAUCGAAGGUUUUUGCAGAAUCAAAAACUUGCAAGCAACAGGUUUUCUACUGUGAGCACCGUAAGCGGGUUGUACCAUUAAAUUAUGAACACUUUGAAAUGCCAUGCUGGAUGUCAAUGUUAAUAGGAACAAGUACAUUUGAAGAUGUGCAACGUACAGGGUACAAGGACUCCCUCUUGAGUCGAGUCAAGAAGGAGUUUGAUCCGUAUUCAGAGGAAUACAAUGCAGAAGCCAACAAGGUUGCAGAGUUUGAUAAUAAGGUGAAGGAAUUAAAGUGUUCAAUUUCAUUGAAGCAUUGUGUGUAUAUCUCUGGUGGAACAGUGUUCUAUUACAAAAACAGUGAGCAAAUAUGCAAAGCUAUAGGCAAAUCAUUAGCAAAAGAAGAUUCCAUUGACCUAGUAACAGGUGGCUUCUAUGGUGUCGGCAAGGUGGUUUCUAGGACUUUUUAUGAUCAGAGGAUACAACAAAAGAAACCACCGAAGACCUGGCAUAUUCUACCAAUUAGGGAUGAUCAGGACCGUAGUAAACAAGCUAGUCAGAACGAAGACAAAACCUUCCGUCGUGUCAAUUUUGGCGAGACAUUAUUCUACGGAGACAGCGUGCGAGAGCGUGAGAAUAUUGUGUCAAGAGCAUUUAAUAUUUGUAUUCUGAUUGAAGGUGGCCCAGGCGCUGCACAUGAAGCAGAGGAGUUUGCGUGGAGUGAGCACACAGUGAUUCCUAUCAAGUGCACAGGAGGGGCAGCAAGUGGGAAAUUUAAUGUUCCUCAGGAAAUAUUCAAGGUACCACAGGGUGUAAAUCCCGACGAUUGGGAGUUGCUAGGAGACAAAAAUGCUGGGAUCGAUGAAAUUGGUGAUGCGGUUGCUAGGAUAGUGGUUGCUCUCCAGAAGAAGAAGGACUCAACAGAUAUAUCUGUGCUGCAAGCUAGUCGUAAACCCAGCUUAAGCAAGAUGAAAACAGUAAUCCUCAGUGAUGAAGAUUAGCAUUGAUUGUUACUGCCACCAAGCUGCGGUUUAGUUGUAAUCUUCUAAUCCCAUGUGUCCAUGUUAUAUCAGCAAUCAUCAAUGUUUUUUUUUGUAGAUUUGCAUAUUAAGAGGUGCAAACAUUGCACAUCUCUCUUAAGCACUGUUUGCAAUAUCAAGUUUUAUAUGACUAAUAUACAGUAUGUGAUUACCCAAUAUAUUACAUAAGAUUUCAUAUCACACCCAUAUAUGGAUGUGAUGAUGUCAUAUCACACUCAUGGGCAUGACGAUGUCAUAUCACAUCCAUAUGUGGGCAUGAUGAUGUCAUAUCACAUCCAUAUAUGGGCAUGGUGAUGU